GGGGCGGGCGCGGCGGCAGCGGCGCUCGGUGUCGGUCGGUCGGUCCGUGUCGGUCGGUCGGCGGCGGGACAGGAUGACGGCGAACGGGACGGCGGAGCCGGUGCAGAUCCAGUUCGGGCUGAUCAACUGCAGCAACCGGUACCUGACGGCGGAGGCGUUCGGGUUCAAGGUGAACGCCUCGGCCGCCAGCAUGAAGAAGAAGCAGAUCUGGACGCUGGAGCAGGACGGGGAGGACUCCAGCGCAGUCCUGCUCAAGAGCCACCUGGGCCGGUACCUGGCGGCCGACAAGGACGGGCGGGUGAGCUGCGACAGCGAAGAGCCGGGCCCCGACUGCCGGUUCCUAGUGGUGGCCCACGGCGACGGGCGGUGGUCGCUGCAGUCCGAGCCCCACCGCCGCUUCUUCGGCGGCACCGAGGAUCGCCUCUCCUGCUUCGCCCCCGCCGUCUCGGCCGCCGAGAAGUGGAGCGUCCACCUGGCCAUGCACCCCCAGGCCAACCUCUACAGCCUGGCCCGCAAGCGCUACGCGCACCUGGGGCCCCGCCGCGACGAGCUGGCCGUGGACCGCGACGUGCCGUGGGGCGUGGAUGCCCUGAUCACCCUCCUGUUCGUGGACCAGCGGUACAGCCUGCAGAGCUGCGACCACCGCCUGCUCCGCAGCGACGGCCGCCUGGUCCCCGCCGCCGAGCCCGGCACCGCCUUCACGCUGGAGUUCCGCUGCGGGAAGGUGGCCUUUCGCGACGGGGAGGGCCGCUACCUGGCCCCCUCGGGGCCCAGCGGCACCCUCAAGGCGGGCAAGAGCGCCAAGGUGGGCAAGGACGAGCUCUUCGCCCUGGAGCAGAGCUGCCCGCAGGUCGUGCUGCGAGCCGGCAACGAUAGGAAUGUCUCCACCCGGCAAGGGAUGGAUCUCUCGGCCAACCAGGACGAGGAGGGUGACCAGGAGACCUACCAGCUGGAGAUCAACAAGGACACCAAGAAAUGCGCCUUCCGGACCUACACUGGGAAGUACUGGACCCUCACCUCCAACGGGGGCAUCCAGUCCACUGCCUCCACAAAGAACGCGAGCUGCUACUUCGACAUCGAGUGGUGCGACAAGCGCAUCACCCUGAAAGCUGCCAACGGCAAGUACGUGACGGCAAAGAAGAACGGGCAGCUGGCAGCCUCCAUGGAGACAGCGGGUGAGACGGAGCAUUUCGUGAUGAAGCUGAUCAACAGGCCCAUCAUCGUCCUGCGUGGCGAGCACGGCUUCAUCGGGUGCCGGAAGGUGACCGGCACCCUCGACUCCAACCGCUCCUCCUACGACGUCUUCCAGCUGGAGUUCAAUGACGGCGCCUACAACAUCAAGGAUACCACUGGGAAGUACUGGAUGGUGGGGAACGAGUCGUCCGUCACCAGCAGCAGCGACACCCCCGUGGACUUCUUUUUUGAGUUCUGCGACUAUAACAAAGUUGCCAUCAAAAUCAAUGGCAAAUACCUGAAGGGGGACCACGCCGGGGUCCUCAAGGCAUCGGCCGACACCAUCGACGCCUCCACCCUCUGGGAAUAUUAAUGCACUUUAGGGUACCUCCCGCUGCCAACUUCUCCUUCCCUUCCUCUGUCCUCUUUUCCUUUGGGUUCUGUUUCUCCUCUCUGUAACAGGAUUUUCAGACCGGCUUGCCCUUCCGUCCUGCCGUGGAGUUGGUGCGUUCUGUGGGAGGUGGGUCUCCGUAAAUCCCUGUAAGAACUGGAAAAGUGGUGGGGCAGCCUGCCUAUAGCUUUGUAGAAGGGUCUGUCUCUAUUCCCCCAUCCCCGUUUCCCUCCAGGUUUGCUGGGCUUGGAAACUGUCGUAUCCCUCUCCCAGCCCCGAGCAUCACCUUAGGUAGCUGAUUAUCCUCUCCUCGACUGAAAAAAGGGAAUAAGAUCACCUCUGAGCUCGCUUCUGCCAUAUCAGCACUGGCACUGCCUCAGUCUGCGCUGCCAGUGUCCCCUGGAGCAUCCAUCCCAUCCUGCCCUGCUCCAUCCAGGGGCAGAGUGACGGUGCUGGGCUCAGCCAGCUCCUCCUGGCUUCCCUGGCAGCUUCUCUCCCCUCCUGGCUUUCGGGGCAGGUCCAUCCCCAGCUGAGCCGUAAGAGGUGACCUUACAUAUCACAGCAUCCCUGGGGACGGGGCUGGUGUGUGCUGGCACACAUCCCUGCAGAAGGGCCAGCAAGCCGCCCCCUCCCCUCCCCAGACACCUGGAAAUGAUUCUUUAGGGUGAUCCCGUCUGGAAAGCCUCAGCCUUUCAUCUCAUAGAGCCCUGCGCUCCUCGUGUCCCUCCGCCCCUCCUCGUGCUUCUGGCUCUGGAGGAGCACCCCAGACCCUGAUGGUGGGUCCAGGGGGGCAGGUGCCUGCCCUGAGGCUGGUCCUGCUGCUGGGUCUGGAGGGGAGGGCGUGGGGGGACACCGAGCCAGCCCUUGCCAGGGUGGGGGUUUCAUCCAGCCCAUCUCCCGUGGGGCCUCGGUCCCGGCAGGAGCCCGGCUGGCCCACGCGACCUCCCCGGGGGCGGCGGCUGGAAGCGUAAAGUGCAGAUUUUGGUUUACAGAAUAGAAGAGUUCCUUAGCAAACUUUGCACAGCGAUACUUGCUCAGUACCUUUUGUUGUCAUUUCUUUUUCUCCUCUCUCGUAAAAUACUGGAACAGUGAAGCGAAUCACUGAACACCUAAUGCUGAAUUAGGAAGAGCCCGCUCGUGCGGGCUCCCCCGAGGGGGCAGCUCCUGGUCCCGCCACCCCUGGGGCACCUGGGCUGGGCUCUCAUGAAUCACAACCCUACUGGAAAAG